UGAUGGGUUGGAUGGUGGCACAGUCGGUUGUGCUCUCGGUUUGGACCCUUUCCGUGAUUGAAAAUGAAAACAAUUUAAUUAAUUUAGUAAACGACAAAGCUUACGCUAAACGAAUAUGUGAUUUACUUUUAUUCCGUGCCAUUCUAGAAUUUUUAAAAUCGAUGAUUGCUAACGAAAAUUACAGAACCUUUUUAAACAUAAAAGAUGAGGAUGAAAAUAUUUUGCUUAAUUUAAUUGAAAAUUUUCAAAAAAAUAUAGAAAAGCCCCAAAUAUUUUUUACUUCGAAACUUUAUCAUAAGAAUAAAGAACAAACAAUUAAAUUAAUAAAAGAAAAAAUUUCAAAAUUUGUGGAGGACUAUAUUGAAGGAAAUUUACAAGUUGUUAUUAGAGGGGUGAAAGCAAACAAGAAUAAAGACAAAGAAAUUUAUGAAAGCAUUAUGAAUUUGGGGUGGAAUGUUAAAAAUUCAAUUGAAAAUGAAAACAAAAAUUUUUUGGAAGCAGUUUAUGAAGACGGAAAUUUCCAUUUAUUAUUUAAUUUGGAUGAAACAAAAAAUGAAGGGAAUGGGGAAUAUAUGGAAAAGUUUCUGAAUGGAUUUAGGGAAAUUAUUAAUGGAUUUCGUGAGGAAUUAAUUGAGGGUUUUAAAGGUAAAUUUUAA